AUGGAGAAUGCGGCGAACGGAAUUCUUUUUUCGACUUCAACUGGUCAUUCGGAGAUCGAUGAGCUCAACAGAAUCCUUACGGUUUGUUUUAUUUUCAUUUCUAUUUUAUUUAUCUUUUUAUUUCAGGUAGAAAGAGAAUUGGUACUAAAGACGCAGGAAAAUUAUCGAAGCUUGAAGGGCAAAUAUUUAGAAUUAUCAGAGGAGAACGAGCUUUUAAAAAAAGAGCUGGCAAUUGUGAGUAUUUUUCCAAUGCAAAGAAAAAAAUUAAGAAAAAAAUAAUUUUAGCUAGAAAUUUUUUUUUGUAUAAAUGUCUGCAGUCAUUUUCUACACGACCAGUCAAAUAUAAAACUAUAAAAAAAAUUUAACCGAUUUCAUCGUUCUAACAAGAAAUAAAACAUUUAAAAAAUAAAAAUAAAAUCUAAAGUUAUUUAUUCAUUUGUCCUGUGUAGGAUUGCGUCACCGUGCAGCUUUGUCAAAUUUAAGAAAGUUUCAAAAUAAAAAAUUUAAAUUCAACCAUUUUUAUUGUUUUUCGUUGAUCUUAUGCUUCUCGAACAGGUUCAAUUUAUUUUUUUUUACUGAUUGAAAAUAUUUUCGAAGGGUUCUAAUGAAGAGAAAUAUUGAAAAAAAAACCUCUUUGGACUUCUUUGUAGAUUUGUUUCUUGUCGCGUUCAGGUUUCUUUUUUAAUGGCCUGUAACAGUUUUAGUUGAGACAAGACUACAGCGAACAAGGAAGUUUCAAGGAGAAUUUCGUUUCAUUGGAAGCCAAAAGUCGGCAUCUCAUCAAGCAAAUGGCGGCCGACAAUGAAGCUCGCGAGGUUUUUUUGAAAAAUUGUACCUGUCGUGGAUUUUUUCUGUAAUUUUACAUCAAUAGAUUGAAAAAAAAAUUUUAUUUCAAAAAAAAUCUUCUUCAAUAAACGUUUCUUUUCUAGAUGAGGUACGAGAAGUUCAGGACGGACACGCUUUCCGAGCUGCAGAAGGUUUUCCGCAAGGUUUGA